GCUGCCGCCUCUUUGCGCCGUGCGCUCAGCGUUUCCGCGCCCACGUGCGGCACCGAACGCCCAGAAAAAGGUGCGCGCUGCGCUGCUCCGCUCCGUUACGACGCUGCCGCUGUUCACCGCUUCCCGCUGUUCCCUCCAUUCAACUGUCACGCGCUCCGCUUGUUCUUUUUAUACCCCUACUUCUUUCCAAACAACUUCAGAGCGCGUACCUGUGCCAAAGGACUUUCUUUAGCCCGGCUCUCCCACUCCUUCUCCUCCUUUUAUUAUCCGAGUUCUUAUUAAAUCGGGUCGGAACCGUUAGGGGUUCCGUGUCCUUAGUGCUUUUUUGGCUUGUGCCGGGCCACGCGUUUUACUCAUGGAGGGAGACGUUAUGGACAAGCUGGACGACAUGGCCUCGGUGUACGAGUUCGACCCGUUUACAGGCAACAUUCCCGCGACCAAAGUGGAGAUCACAGUCUCGUGCAGGAAUCUUCUAGACAAAGACACAUUCUCCAAAUCAGACCCAAUGUGCGUCCUGUAUACACAAGGAGUUGAGACGAAGCAGUGGAGAGAGUUUGGCAGAACUGAGGUGAUUGACAACACUCUAAAUCCGGACUUUGUCAGAAAGUUCAUCCUUGACUACUUCUUCGAAGAAAAACAGAGCCUUCGAUUUGACUUGUAUGAUGUUGACUCGAAAAGUCCAGACCUCUCGAAGCAUCCCUCAGAGUUCAACGAUUUUCUUGGGCAGAUGUUUUGCACCCUGGGCGAGAUUGUCGGCUCACCUGCAAGUCGGUUGGAGAAAACCCUCGGGGGGAUCCCGGGAAAGAAGUGUGGCACCAUCAUCCUGUCGGCAGAAGAGCUGGGAAAUUGCAGGGAUAGUGCAACCAUGCAGUUUUGUGCCAAUAAGCUGGACAAGAAGGACUUCUUUGGAAAGUCGGAUCCCUUUAUGGUAUUCUACAGAAGUAAUGAAGAUGGGACGUUCACCAUCUGCCAUAAGACGGAGGUGGUGAAGAACACCCUCAAUCCAGUUUGGCAGUCUUUUACAAUCCCAGUGAGAGCACUCUGCAAUGGAGACUAUGACCGAACGAUUAAAGUCGAGGUGUACGACUGGGAUCGUGAUGGAAGUCACGAUUUUAUCGGCGAAUUCACCACCAGCUACCGGGAGCUAGCCCGAGGUCAGAGCCAGUUUAACGUGUAUGAAGUGGUGAAUCCAAAGAAGAAGAUGAAAAAGAAGAAAUACGUCAAUUCUGGCACGGUGACGCUGCUGUCUUUUUCCGUGGAGUCGGAAUUCACUUUCCUCGAUUACAUCAAAGGAGGGACCCAAAUCAAUUUCACAGUGGCCAUCGAUUUCACUGCUUCUAAUGGUAACCCGUCCCAGUCCACGUCCCUCCACUAUAUGAACCCUUACCAGAUGAAUGCCUAUGCCAUGGCACUGAAGGCCGUAGGAGAGAUCAUCCAGGACUACGACAGUGAUAAAAUGUUCCCUGCACUGGGCUUUGGGGCGAAAUUACCCCCAGAUGGACGCGUGUCCCACGAGUUCCCUCUGAAUGGUAAUAUAGAAAACCCCUACUGCAAUGGAAUUGAGGGGAUCUUGGAAGCCUACCACCAGAGCUUAAAGACUGUUCAGCUUUAUGGGCCCACGAACUUUGCCCCUGUGGUUAACCAUGUAGCCAGUUACGCAGCGGCUGUACAGGACGGAUCACAGUACUUUGUCCUCCUCAUUAUCACAGAUGGAGUCAUUUCGGAUAUGGCUCAGACCAAAGAAGCCAUUGUGAACGGUGCCAAGCUUCCCAUGUCAAUCAUCAUUGUUGGAGUGGGCCAAGCAGAGUUUGACGCCAUGGUGGAGUUGGAUGGUGAUGACAUAAGGAUUUCCUCAAGAGGAAAACUAGCAGAACGGGACAUUGUUCAGUUUGUGCCAUUCCGGGACUACAUGGACCGGACGGGUAAUCAUGUGUUAAGUAUGGCGCGGCUGGCCAAAGAUGUCCUGGCAGAAAUCCCGGACCAAUUUAUUUCAUACAUGAAGAGCCGAGGCAUCAAACCUAACCCAGCGCCCCCUCCCUACACACCCUCAGGACACACACACCACACUCAGAUAUGAGGCCACCCUUCCCGAGGGUUUUUCCAGCCAGACAUGCCUCUUUGGAAUUAAGGGAUUGGGACUGAUGGAACAGCAGGCCACUGGCUUCCUGUACAACUUUAUAUACGGUCUCUCUGGGACACUCUGAGGUGCCAAGGCAUUUCUGUAACUGCUUUUGUUUCCUGCCUGUUUUCUCUGGGACAACAGCAUGAUCAAAGAAGCACACUUCAGUCAAGUUUUGAGAAAAAAAAAAAGAUAGAAAUUGAAAGAAAAAAAAAAAAUUCUCGGCUCAUGACUGUUUCUCUCAUUGGGCAGCGAGUUGAGAUGGGAGAAGAAGACGAUAUUUGUGGAUUCAACUCGUGCCUGUCUGUCUUUGUCUCCUGUAUCUGGACAAGUAUUCCCUGCUCUGACCGUUGACCUUACUCCACAUUGGUGUACUAUGUGCAUUCAGGUGAAGUUUUCUGAUACCUUUCUUAGUGGCAUUCUCUUUAGGGAUUGAGACUUGUUCAUGUGCGUUUGAGUUUGCACUUUUUUGCGCACCACUUGAGUUGCGUGUUGAUCUUUUAGCCUUUAUGUUGUUUCUUAGUAGAUUUUGUUUGUCUGUUCAAAGCAUGCUGGUGGGAUGAUGCACACUUGAGUGUUUCUAUACAGAAAAUAGGCACGUAAUGGGUAAAUCCUGUAUUCAGAUCAGUUAAGAAGCACAGCAGUAAACAUUUUUAUUCCUAAUUAUUUGCUCAAGAGUGAAAUUAAACUUUUCAGCACCAGGCGCUGUCACACCCACUGCAAAAUACAUCAUAAACAACCUUAUUGCACACUUCAGCAAUGCAACGGAUUUGCAAUUCAGCAAUCGUUUCUAUUCCUUUCUCACUCGUUCUCUAUCCCACUUUUCUGCAAGAACAGAUGAAUAGUACUGUAAAUAUUGUGGGGUACCAAAACCAAAUCGAUUUUGUCAAAACACUUUUAUUCAAAUGAGACUAGGCUGCCGUGAUGGACUACAUUACAGUCAUGUGCGAUUAUAAGAUCGGUAAGCCUAGUCACAGCCUCGUUAGUAUUUGCCGCAUGUUUUGUUCUCUGCGAGUCUGUUGAGUCACACGCAAGUUAAACGCGGCAUUUCUGGUGACCUGUUUAACUGGGCAUGCGGUAAUGCUGCAGCGAUGAAUCGCCAUCACGUCAGAGAGAAUCACUGAUCGUAACUAAUUAAAGCACACAUAAUUAGACAUAAUUUCUGGUUUUAGUAGAAGAUAUCGAAAUCAAUAUUACGGUUGCAAAAUUCCAGGAAUCUGGGAAUCUUCCACUGUAAUUAACAGGAAUAUAUAGGAAUAAUAAUAAAAUUCCCCAAAUUUCAAAUUAUAUCCCAAAAAAUUCCUGGUAGGUUUCCAACUUGGAAUAUGUCCAAAAUUCUCAGGAUUAAGUUCCCAUUGAAGGUUUCUGGAAAUGUGUUCGCCCCUCUGCAACCCUACUCAAUAUAAUGGGAAGGAACUAGGUCAGAUUUAUGUAAUCACUGCAGCUAUUAAAUUAUUUCUGGAUAAUUCUUAUCACUGAUAGAUUAAUAUUAAUAUAUGAUAGUGGUUUCCUUUAGGGCAUGCAGGGUUUUUUUUUUCUUUUUCUUUCCAGGAACACCAUUAUAUUUCAUAUUAGGUGCAUUAUGAAUUCCUGGUGGUGACAGAAUGACUGUAGAACAUGAUCACUGUCCACCUUAUAAGGAACAUCCCUAACCUGCUCAUUCGCCUGGCAGCAGUGCAAUACAGAAAAAUCAUGUUUAUGAUGUUUACAUCAAAUAAAAAAUGGGGAAAACUCCAGGUGACUUUUA